GAUUUCACGUCGUUGUUCUAUGCACCCGUAAAUAAGCACAUUUAUUGUAUAAAAUAGCUGGUUUUUUCAUGUCUAAUCUACUGUAUAUAUUCGAAUAUAAUUUAGACGAUUUUCUAUUGAUCUGCGAGUCUUUGAAAGUCUAAAACGCCAUGAGUCAGAACGAGGAGGUAACUGGAGUUUUACCAGAAGACAAUGCAGCUAAAGCCGAAAAAUUCAAAGAGGAGGCGAACGAAUACUUCAAAAAUCAAGAUUUCAAUAAAGCUAUUGAUGUCUACUCCAAAGCCAUCGAAUUAAAUCCCACGAUAGCUGUUUAUUAUGGAAACCGAAGUUUCGCAUACUUGAAGACAGAAUGUUUCGGAUACGCCCUGGAGGACGCGUCCAAGGCGAUCGAGUUAGAUAGAAACUACGUCAAGGGUUAUUAUCGACGAGCUGCUGCUCACAUGUCUCUGGGUAAAUUCAAACUAGCCCUUAAAGACUACGAAACAGUGACGAAGGCAAGGCCAGGUGACAUAGAUGCGAAAGCCAAAUUCACCGAAUGCAACAAGAUUGUUAAAAAGAUUGCCUUCGAAAAGGCGAUUUCGGUUGAAGAAAACAAAAAGAAUGUUGCUGACACUAUCAACUUAGAUGCAAUGGCUAUCGAGGAUGAAUACACAGGACCAAAAUUAGAGGAUGGAAGGGUGACCUUAAAAUUCAUGGAAGAAUUAUUAGACUAUUACAGGAAACAGAACAAGCUUCACCGGAAGUACGCGUACAAGAUUCUUCUCGACGUAAAAGCCCUCUUCGAAUCGCAACCAAGCUUAGUCGAGAUUACGAUUCCCGACGAAAAUAAAUUUACAAUUUGUGGUGAUAUACAUGGUCAAUUCUACGAUUUGCUGCAUAUCUUCGAGCUGAAUGGUUUACCUUCAGAGACGAACCCAUACUUAUUCAAUGGAGACUUUGUAGACCGAGGUUCAUUCUCAGUUGAGUGCAUUUUCACUCUUUUCGGAUUCAAACUCCUAUUCCCAAACCACUUUUUCAUGUCGAGAGGAAAUCACGAAUCGGCGACGAUGAAUCAAAUGUACGGCUUCGAUGGAGAAGUAAAGUCAAAGUACAGUGCACAGAUGGCUGAGUUGUUUACCGAGGUCUACAACUGGCUGCCCUUAGCACACUGCCUUAACAAGAAAGUUCUCGUAAUGCACGGUGGACUGUUCUCGCGAGACGACGUGACUCUGAAAGAUAUUCGAGAGAUUGACAGGAACAGGCAACCUCCGGAUGAGGGCCUCAUGUGUGAGUUAUUAUGGUCUGACCCUCAACCACAACCAGGCAGAGCGCCGAGUAAACGUGGAGUCGGGGUGCAGUUCGGACCCGAUGUGACGAGCAAAUUCCUCGAGCUGAAUAAACUCGAAUACGUCGUCAGGAGUCACGAAGUCAAACAGGAUGGCUACGAAAUCGGACACGACGGAAAAUGCAUAACUGUAUUUUCGGCUCCAAAUUAUUGUGAUACAAUGGGUAACCAAGGUGCCUUCAUCACCCUUACCGGCAAAGACAUGAAACCCAAAUUUACAUCGUACGAGGCGGUACCGCAUCCCAACGUAAGGCCAAUGGCGUACGCCAACUCUCUACUAAAGUUCAUGUAGUAGCCAAUAGCAGCCUAGGGACAUGAUUGCUAAAUAAAUGGGAAAGAAUAACAGAAUACAGGUAGCGCAAUCAAAGUGUGUUUGUAAUAUAUUUGAUUCCGACUACUCGGAGAAGAUAGGGUGCACUUAGACUUCUCUGAAUCACUAAUUAUUGUACUCUCACGGCAAAAACCCGAACGAUGACGAUUGUACCAUAAUUUAAAAAUGCAUCAUACAACUGGGUACAAAAAACAAAAACAAAACACAAACAAACAAAGAAAGGGAAAACCAUUUUUGUUGAACUUGUCAGCAUUUUUCAACUGCACUGAGAUCAUAGAUUUUGUAAAUCUCUUAUGUACAUUUAGUACUGAUUAUUAUUAUCAUUAUAACUUGAGUAUCCACGAGAGAAGUAGAGCUUGUGCUAAUUUAGGUAGUGAUUAAUUAACACAAUGCGAAAAGCCAGAGUCUAUAGAACUCUUGUGAAUCAGGACUCGAUCCUUGAAGAUGGGAAAAGUGGUCUCAAAAAUCUCAGAAGAAGAAGAAGAAGAAGACAUUUUCUAGUAGCAUUGCUAUGUGAAUGAAGAAAAAUUGCUGAGAGAUACCAAUUUCCUUUCGCUCUUUAAUGGUCAGUGGUGAUUCAGUUUGAUAUUUGUAGAAGUCUUGAAUACAAAUCUUAAUAAUGCGGUAUAGUAUGAGCAUGUAGUACAAUUUACAAUAAACCCGCUGGACACUUAUGCCACGUUAUUUGUGGCUAAUUUUAUACAAGACUAGUGUGAUCAGCGGGGUCAUUUUCAUUCGACUUUUUUUUUAUUUGUUAAUGAAUAAAUGACGUUUAUAAUGUAAACAAAACUCGAGAUUCUGUGCUGGCUCUCCAGAAUGAAUUUUUUUUAAUUCAACGUGCAUAAACCAAAAGCAUUCUUUUAGGAACUAUUUUGUAACCAACUGCGUGAUUUUCUUUCUUUUACGACUGAAUUUAAUUACGAGAAUUGUAUUUGAUCUCUGCCAAAUGAAGAAAUUGUCCUAUUGCUAAAUUAUUAAUUUGGAGAUAUUAUCAGCGAAUUGAAAUACACUCAGAUUUUUUCGUUAAUU